AUGGACAAUCGAAAACGCAUUCAACUGGCAAUUUCGGUUUUGCCCGAUGGCGCCAUCGUCAGCUGUGUUGGCAAAUUGAUUCCCGUUUGCGGUUUGCUUGGCACCGCCACCAACGACAACACGGUCCAGAGGUCGACGUCGAUGUUUCCAUCGUCGUUGUUGCAGUCACUAUCGCCGUCACCGUUGCCAGCUCGUCGUGGCUUUGGUCCAGGCGAACAAGACUGGAAUUACAUGGUGCGAAAAGGCGCCCAUCUUUUCUAUUGGCUCCACUACACGACAGCGAAUGUGAGUUCAUUUUACGAGCGACCACUGGCCAUCUGGUUUGAAGGCGGUGUUGCCUCGACGGGAGAAGGCUGCUUCGAAUAUGUGGGACCCGUCGAUAUUGAGGGGCAACCACGUGCCAGUAAUUGGGUGCAGCACAUGAAUGUGCUCUUCAUCGACACUCCUGUUGGCACUGGUUUCAGCUAUGUGGAAACCUUUGGUGAAUUCGGUCAGAACGACACGCAAAAUGCCCUCGAUCUUGUCACACUAAUGGCGCAUUUUCUGCGCUCUCAUCCCGAGUUUCAACGUGUCCCAUUGCACAUCAUCUCCGAGAGUUAUGGCGGCAAAAUGGCACCGGAAUUUGGCUUGGAAUUGUAUCUGGCUCAGCAACGAGGCGAGGUGCAGUGUCAACUCAAGUCAGUGAUCGUGGGCAAUCCCUUUAUCUCGCCUGUGGAUACCGUUUUGGCCUAUGCCCCAUUCCUGCUACAACAUGGCAUCGUGGAUCACGAUGGCUAUAGCAAAAUAUCGCGAGCUGCGGAAAAGUUUGCGCAUUGGUUCAAUGUCGGCAACGCAAGAGACAUGGUUGAAGAGCUUUUUAAAAUUAUUGAUAUGUUCCAUGAAAUCGGUGGGAAAAUCGAUGUGUCUAACAUCCAGCGACGAAACCAUUUAGAUGAUCAUUUGAGGCAUGAAGUAAAUAAGAAUCUUCCUGAGUUUAUGGUCAAUAAUGUGACGAAGGCGCUAAAUCUCACACACAUGCCUAGAUGGGAUAAACAUAAUAGGUUGGGCCAAAACGCGCUAGGAACCCUAAUUUUUAAACCGGGCGUUAACUCCGUCACUCGUUUGCUGGACGAGACCCCAAUCCGCAUGGUCGUAUACUCGGGAACCUUGGACUUGGUCGUUCCCACUCCCGCCACCGUCAACUGGAUCGAUCAGAUGCAAUGGGGCAGCAAGAAAUCGUAUGUGGAUGCCACUCGCCGACCUUUCUUUGUAGAUGGCUUUAUAGAGGGUUAUGAGAAACAGGGCGGAAACUUCAGUAUGUUCUGGGUCCUUCGAGCAGGAAACCUGGUACAUCAGGAUAAUCCCGCGGCAAUGGCUUACAUUUUGCGUGAAAUUACGAACUUUGAAUGAUGUUAAUACU